AUGGCCGACGAUACCAUGACGCUGCGCUCUCGCACGCUGCGGUACGCUCCCAGCCAGGUGGUCACCAUACGGUGGAGCCUGGACGGCUGGAGCGCCGACAGAGGGGGCUACUACAUCGACGACGCGUGGGUCUUCACCGAAAUCCCUGUCCAGGCUUUCGAGUUCAAGUUCAGGCUGAACAGCACCGUGUGGCAGAAGGACAACAACCUGGUGAUCAACGACCCGGCCCCCGGAAGGAUGUUCGACUACGACGAAGGCGCGGUGGUGUUUGAGCCCGGGCGGCUGGAGCAGCAGCUGCCGCCUGCGGAGAACGGCACGGUGGCGCGUUCGUUCUUCUGGCCUGACCUGGACGAGGGCAAGGAGUACGACGUGAUUGUGAUCGGCUCGGGGAUCGGCGGGGGCGUCGUGGCGGACGCGGCGGCGGACGCAAACCUGCACACCCUGCUCCUCGAAGCCGGCUCGUACCUGUACCCGACGCACAUCGCCAACCUGCCGCGCAAGCACAGGACAGGUUUCUUCGCCAAGCACGUGUGGUCGCUCUGGGGACAGGGUGAAACUCGAAAGACGCCGUACAAUGCCAUCGACGUCCAUGGCGACGGCAACGUGUACAAAGGCGGGUUGGGGUACAACCUGGGCGGACGCAGCAUCUUCUGGGGCGGUUUCAUUCCCAGGAUGAGGGAAUACGAAUUCGACGGGUGGCCGGGCGCGGUGAAGGCCGAAUUCCUCCAAAACGGCCUGUACGACAGGGCCGAGGAGCUGAUGAAGAAGGGGGAUCGAAGCUCCGAGUACCAGGAGCGCACCAAGGCGUGGCUGUCCGAACUGCUGGGCGACGAAUUCAUUGUGGUGGACGCCGCCAUGGCCGUGGACCGCCUGGCGGACCCCGCCCUACGCACCAUCUCCUCCGGCAUGUUCUCCACGGCGGACCUGCUGAUGGAGAGCCGCGCCACGGAGGGCCAGGUGGGCAACGAGGACCUUGUGAUCAACCUCAACCACUCUGUCAGGAGGAUUGAGACGGACGGCGGCCGCACGGCCACGAGGGUGGUGGCCUGGGACAGGAUAGCCCAGCGGGAGCGGGCCUACAGGGGCAAGAACGUCGUCCUGGCGGCGGGCACGCUGGAGAGCGCCAAGAUCGCGAAGAAAUCCGGGCUGGCCGACGAAUCAGGGACUUUGGCAAAGGGCCUGACGGACCACCAGGUGUUCUUCACGCACUUCGGCCUGAGCCCGGACAGCGAACUGUACACGACGGAGGCCAGCGCGAAGGUCGUCCUGCAGCACAGGGACGCCAGCGCCAGCGCGCACAGCUACAACUGCAUCAUCGAGCUGGGGGCGGACUUCAACCAGGGCCGCUACGUGGACCCGGACAUCCUUAAGGCCCACCAGGACGAGCGGGAGCGCCUGCAGGAGAAGCUGUGCGAGAUCGUCUUCCUGACGGACUCGCCGCUGGUCGGGGAGAACUGGCUGGAGCCGGACGAGGGGACGGAAGACGGCAGGCCCAUGAAAGUGAGGAUGGAGCGCUCGACGCGGGCCGACGGGGCGCUGUUUGACGAGAUGGACGCCCUGAAGGACAAGAUCCUCGGGGCCCUUGGGGCCAAGGCGCUGCAGGACGACCAAGAGACACAGGGCCUGGCGCUUCAGCCGACGGACAUCGGCGCGGUGGCCCACGAGGUGGGCAGCCUGCGCAUGGCGGGCUCGCCCGACGCGGGAGUGGUCGACGGGGAUCUCAAGUUCUGGGGGUACGACAACAUCUACGCGUGCGACCUGUCCGUCUUCCCGUCGUCUCCCGCCGCCAACCCCACUCUCACCCUCGGCGGCCUGGCUCUCCGCCUUGGGGACCACCUGCGGGAUGCCAAGUGA